CUUAUAUUUCCCCCUUGAAGCUCCGAGUCCUUUCUGUCCCUUCUCGCGUCGUCCACUUGAGAUCCCGCCGUCAACAUCAAACCCAGCGGCUACGCUGCGCCACCAUGGUCGACUACCGGCACCUCGAGGACCCGCAAAGCCCACCACCAAGCUACCACGCGCGAUGGGACGAACUUCCCGCCGAGGAUGUCAAGAACGAAGACUCCAAAGAGCCCGAAGCCAAUGUCUGGGUGCAGCGGUUCCAAUUGGUGCGCCAACGGACCAUGCCAAUGGUUGAAAAGGUCCAUCCGUACUUGAAGAAGGAUUUCCUCCCCACUGUUAAGAAGAUGCGGCUCUCGAAAAAGCAGUGUUGCGCCUUCUUCCUGCUUGCUGUCUUCGCCGUCUUGCCAUGCGUGCUCAUGUUCAGUCUCGAUACUGGAAGUGACCCAUCCUCACCUAGUGGACCAUUUGGCGCCAAGACACUGCUGUGCGGACAGCUGAUCUACGGCUACGACGACUACAAGAACAACUCGACCGUAAAGGGCAUUCAGGGUCUCUUCAUUGUCGAUGCAGCCUACGGAAACAUGUCUUUCUCGCUCGUCAAGUUCAUCGACAUCCUGUGGGACCUUUUUGUUGGCCGAGGCGUGCAGUUCCUUGCGUGGUAUGUCAGCUACGUUGUCUUCACCGACGCUCUACUCCGGGUGAUUGAGCGGCAUCCCGCUCCAUUCCGAACCUUUACCCACCUCACUUUGGAGGGUGCCAGUCUUUCGUCAAUGGGAGCUCUCGUCCGCGACAUGAAGCGGUAUCCAAGCCGGAGAACUAAGUGGCUCUUCGUGUACAUAAUCCUGUCUACUGGCUACGUGCUGUCCCUACCGACAAUCCUGGGUGCCAUGACGGGCUACGUCAGUACGUCGAAGGCUUUCGUCACCAUGCAGGACGACGAUUCGAGCCAAAUGGUCCCACUGGCCGACUUUACCUACGGAUUCCAGGUGUUUGAUGCGUAUAAACUUGGUCAACCGAAUGGCUCUUGUAUGGCACAGAGCAUCUUCAAUACCUACGAUAACCUGGUCAAUGCGCAGCUCGCGGACUGCGAUUGCAAGUUACCCAAUGGAACAAUCGUUCCGGCUGAGACCAAUUAUUAUGGCUACGAUACGGGAAAUGGCUACUCUUAUGGAACACAGUGCACCUUCAACUACACGAACAACACUCAGGAGUUCACAUAUCCUCACUAUGAUCGCUCCUACUACUACGACCCGACCUACGGAUACAACAACAACGGCCAGAACUACAGCUGUAACUACCUUUAUAAUAUCACCCUCAACGGCCAUAACUACAAAUUCGAUCACCUGGACCUAGCUAGCGCAACCUGCUAUAACGGCACCGCCUACGACGACGAAUAUCUCUCGAAAAACGCCCAGUGCAUGCCAGACACGACGGUGAACACGUACCAAUGGGGCUUCAGCACCAUGCUCUCCGCCGUCUUCGUCAUCGUGCAACUCAUCUGGGCCUCCUCCAUGUACGCCGUGUGGCAGGACGCGCAGUGGAACAGCGCGCUAGUGCGCGCCGGGUACAAGAUGACGCAGCUGCGGGCCGUCUUCUCGCUCAGCGAGGCGGCGCAGCAGCGCACGGGUAUGGAGAAUGAGGAGCUCAUGCGCAUGGAGUCGAAGCGGCUGGAAGAAAAUUUGUAUGGGAGGAAGACGUUGGUGGAUUAUGGCAUGUGGGAGCGGAAGAAGCUGCCGUUUAUGAGAGAGGAUGAGGCGUCGAGUUCGAGGUCGUGAUAAGAGCGGAGAUGAAACGGAUGAGAAAAACAUACGAGGUGUCUGAUACACCGAGGGAGGGCGCGCGAUUCCCUCGACUGGAUUA